UGAGAUUCAUGUCUUUCUAUAGGUUUUCGAAUAUAUCAAUGGCAAGAGGAACUCUCUUUAAAACAAUAUCUAAAGAGUAUAAAUAUGAAUAUCACUAAUAUGAAUAAGAACCAACAUUAAUGAAAUAAAUCAAACAUCUAGGAUAUUAAUUGAUAGAUGAUCCUAAAACUAAUAAAGUUACUUUUAAUAAAGAAUUUUCAUCUAAAAAGAUAUCGAUUGAAUUCAGAGGUACACCACCACCUUUAGAAAGCAAAAUGUAAUAAUUUUGAAAAAAAUCACUUUAUUAUUAGAAAAGUAUCAAAAGAAGACUAAUCCAUCUCAUAAAAUCCAAAAUACCAAGACAAAAUACAAUAAAAAAUCUAAGAGACUAAAUAAGAAUUAGAAUUAGGAAUACUUUCUGUAGAUUAUACAGUAUUAAUCGAAACUGAAAAGGGAGAAGCUAUAGCUUUUGAAUGCAAUACAAGUAUUACUUGAAAGGAUUGUACUACAGGUAACCAGACUACUUUCAUCAAUUACGUACAACCAGUCUAUGAUAUCCAAGAGUACAAAAAAAGAUCCAAAUAUCGUAAAUUCUUAAGAGAUUAUCCAGGACCAGAAAUUAAUAAAUUAGAUGAAGUAAAAAAUAAUAAUAAAUUUUAUAGUAAUUAAAACAAUCACUUUAUACUUAUCUAGAAAGUUAUGGUAUUAAUUAAUCAUUGAAUGCAUUAAUUGAAGCAUAUUCAAUUGACAAAGAGUAAAGAUUAUAUAUGGAGUUUUUGAAAUCUAUGGAAAAUUUUCUAGCUGUUUGA